AUGGCGUUCCUCUUCUUCAAUAAAGGUAACGAAAUUCAUGAUAAAGAUCGUCUCAAUUUGAUGUGGGACGAAGAUGACGAUAGGAUAAAUGACGAAGACAUAGAUGGCGGUUUAUCGGAAAAGUUAAUAAUGGAAGUCGAAAAAGGCCAACCUUCUAAAGAUAUGCGGGACACACUCACAGAUACUCUUGUUGAUAGUGAUGAAGACGAUUCUCCUAAUAUUAACCCAUCUGCUUUGUCUAAGCGAGAAUCAAGAGCAAAAAAAUCCGGUUGGUGGAAAGAGCCGACAUGGGCACCCAAAACCACGACACGCCCUACAUGGACAGAAAGAGUUUGGUACAGCAAGACAACACCCCAACAACCACCAAAAUGGCCUCAAAAAUGGCAACCUAAGAAAUGGGAACCAUCUACUAGUCCCCCUUGUCCUUCGUUACCAUCAUUGUGGAUGAGUACCAAAAAUCCUUGGGCAGUUAAUAGUUGGCCUGCUACAACUACCUCUAAUAAGUGGCAACCUGACGAAUCAUGGAAAACUAAGGCAUGUGUUGCUUGGCAAACUAAAAAGUAUAAAUGGGUUACAACCCAACCUCCAACUACAGAGGACUGGCCUAAGCCGGCAUGGACUAAACCAACUUCUUCUAAACCUGUCUGGAACCCCUGGACUGCUCCACCUGCCCCUAUUAAAUGGCAACCUGAUUCAUGGAAAGCUGACCCAUGGAAUGCGUGGAAAUCUAAAUCCCAACCUCCAACUACAGAAGAAACUUGGCCUAAUCAAGUAUGGACUAAAUCAAAUAAAGGGUGGAAACCAUCUUCUCCUAAACCUGACUGGAACCCAUGGGCUGCUCCACCUGCACCUAAUAAAUGGCAACCUGAUAAAUCAUGGAAAGCCGAGGAGACUACUGAAGAAUCUUGGCCCAAGCAAGUAUGGACUAAAUCAAGUAUGGAGUGGAAACCAUCUUCUUCUAAACAGGGUGGGAACCCAUGGGCUAAUUCACCUACCCCUAAUAAAUGGCAACCUGAUGAGUUAUGGAAAGGUAAAUCAUGGAAUACAUGGGAGUCUAAAAAGUAUAAAUGGAUUACUACCCAACCUCCAACUACAGAGGAAACUUGGCCCAAACAAGUAUGGACUAAACCAAGUAUCGUGUGGAAACCAUCUCCUUCUAAACCUGAUUGGAACCCCUGGGCCACUCCUGCCCCUAAUAAAUGGCAACCUGAGAACUCAUGGAAAGCUGACGCAUGGAAUGCAUGGAAAUCCAAAACUCAACCUCCAACUACAGAAGAAACUUGGCCCAGUCAAGUAUGGACUAAACCAAGUAAAGGAUGGAAGCCACCUCCUACUAAGCCAGACUGGAACCCCUGGGCUGCCCCACCUUCCCCUAAUAAAUGGCAACCUGAUAAAUCAUGGAUGGUUGACGCAUGGAAUGCAUGGAAAUCUAAAACUCAACCUCCAACAACAGAAGAAACCUGGCCCAGUCAAGUAUGGACUAAACCAAGUAAAGGAUGGAAGCCACCUCCCUCUAAGCCAGACUGGAAUCCUUGGACUCCUCCCAAACCCCCAAAGCUUGAUAACCCAUGGCAAAAAAAAUCCUGGAUUCCGUCAAGUAAAGCACCAGCUCCAUGGUGGCCAAAGAGUACCCCUUCAACUGUAGCACCUUGGAGCCCUAAUCCAUGGAAAUAUCCUGAAAGUUGGAAAUCUAAACCAAGCCCCUCACAACCUGUAAAAUCGUGGACUUGGCCAGGAUCUUCAUCACAAACUUUUGAGCCUGAAGCACCUAAAUGGCCUCAAAUCCUGCAAAUAUCAAAAUUUUUUUUUAACCACGCUAAUUCUAAUAAAAAAAAACCAUCUUCUGAUAAAGUAUGGGUAAUGUCGGAUAGUUGGAACAAUGCAUGGAAACAUCCCCAAACAUCUAAAGAUGAAGGAUCUUCAUGGAGUUCUAAGAAUAAAAACUGGAAACGAGACUAUUUAUCAUAUCUUUUGAAUAAAGAUAGUAGAAACGAAUCGCUUAAAGAUGAAGAUGAUUUUGUAACUCAUUUUAUAGAUCCUGAUCUUAUACCUUUAGAGGGAGCUUAA